CAACAAGGAAAGUUGCAAUUCUCUUCGAUGGAGACGCCCAGAAGGCCAGAACCACCAUGAUCAAAGUAAAUAAAAUAAUUCUUCAUGGGAACUUUUAGACACCAACUAUCUGAUCACUAUGCUUCUCUAAUUCAAAGAACUUUGGUUAACAAAGACCCGUGUGCGGGGAAAGCGAUUCAUGCUCGUAUAAUCAAGUCGGGUGUCCAUGUUGGUGUGUUCCUCACGAACAAUCUGAUGAAUUUGUAUGCGAAAACAGGGUUUCUUGUAGAUGCUCGUCGGUUGUUCGAUGAAAUGCCUGUUAGGAACGCAUCUUCAUGGAACACGAUUAUCUCUGCUUAUGCGAAACAGGGAAGGAUUGAGUACGCACGCCAUCUGUUUGACGAAAUGCCCGAACCUGAUUCUGUUACAUGGACUGCGAUGAUGGUAGGUUAUAAUCAAAUGGGUCGCUUUGAAACUGCUGUCAGAAUGCUCGUCGACAUGAUAUCUUCCAAAGUAAUGCCAACCCAGUACACAUUCACUAUCGUUCUUGCCUCCUGUGCUGCCAUGAACAGGCGAUCUGUUGACAGCAGAAUCUUUGUUUGGUAA